AAGUGUGAACAUUUUUCUGUGUUAGUUGAACAUUGUGCUGUAUAACUAAAGGUUGUUAUUGUUAAUUUGAACAGAAAAAAAACUCUGUGUGAUCUGAUCAUACAUCGCUGAUUUAAUCGAUUCAAACUUGUUCGGUUAUCAAAGUAUUUGCAAAGAGUGAAAAAAAGCCAAAUUGUUAGAAUGUCUGACGUCAGUGAAAUUCCUGUAAGCUUCAACAAAACUUUAUUGGACAAAGCUUUACUACGAUACACCAACGAUCCGAGUCUUCAAUUGAUCGACUACAAUAUACAAGACAAUUCGGCCGACAUCAGUGACCAUUUCUCAAGCAUUAUGUUCAAAGUAAACUUACACUACAAACGGGACAGUGCAAGUAACGAUGACAAUGUGCACGAAAUUAAUGCAAUCGUUAAAACAUUACCGGAUGUGCCAGACCAGUCACACAACACCCACUUGCAAUAUGUGACGGAAACAGCACAAUUCGAUACCGAACUGAAGGUGUAUGAGAAAAUCUUGCCGAAAAUAGACUCAAUGUUGUAUGGUAUGGGCUUGAAUAGUGUGGCGCCAAGACAAAUUUAUCAAACCAAUCACAAUGCACCAAUUCCGAUACUCAUAAUGGAAGACAUGGUCUCCUUGGGAUAUACAACAAUAAAGGAUCGCCGUCAAAUUUCAUUUGAUGCGGCCAAAAUGCUGAUAGGAAAACUAGCCCAACUCCAUGCUACUUCUUUUGUGUUGGAUAAACAAAUGAACGAGACGGUGGGACAAUUGGAUAGCAUUUACUUUGAUUUUCACCAAGACAUAAGCUAUUGUGAAGACAUGGACAAGUGUAUUGCUAUGAUGAAGCAAUUCGACGGAUUCGAGAAUAUUGUCGAGAAACUUGAAGGUAAAACAGAAGAAUUAUUUGAAACGGUACGAAAUUUGUACUAUAGUCCGAACGAUGCUGCAUGCAAAGUGCUCUGCCAUGGGGAUAUGAAAUUCCAAAACACUUUGUUAAAAACGAAUGGUGGUGAAGUGGCCAAUGGGAUAUUUGUUGACUUUGCCUACGCAAAUUUUCAUUCGCCAGCCAUUGACCUGUUCGAAUUUUUGUAUAAAGUACCCGCAUUAGAUGUUAUUAUUCAUAGAAAACAUCGAGAUGAACUGAUCAAUCAUUACAUGAAUAUGUUCGGAACCGUUUUAACUGGAGCGGCCUUUGAACGUGUUGAUGAGACAAUUGAAAACGUUAAAAAUGAGAUGGAUCGGUGUGAUGAGCUCCAGCUGUGGUUUCUUAUGUUUUUGGUCGUUUACUAUAUGGAUACGUUUGAUGAAGACAGUGAAGAAGACACCGAGAUCCUAGAUUACGAAAAAACUUGGUUGAAAACUGUAUUGGGUGAGCUACUAAAAUGUUAAAAGAUUUGUUUCGUUGACGUUAUCUUAGAUUAGUUAGUACAAUCUCCUC